AUGGUCCGUUCUGUGGCUCCUCAGCUUGCUAAUGGCUCGAGAAAUGGGUGCGGCUUCCACCCAACGCCCCUUCGAGAUCUUUGGUCCGCUCCAGUCGGAUACAUAUGGCUUGAUUUCUUCCUCACAGCGAGAAUAAGCUAUAUUUUUGGGCGCCUCGCCAAAACGCUCCGGCCAACCGUGCCCCGACUAUAACUCCUCAUUUCUCUAUUCUAACUGGUUCAACCUCGGAAGGGUUUACCCUCCGCGUCUACCGCGCCCGGAACUCUCAUCAAGGAAAGUUAGGGUAAUAUAUCCCUCCGAGAGACCAGGGAGUCAAACAAUCUGUGUCCCAUCGCAAGAAUACGGGGGUACAUUAACGGUAUCAAACCUGGAUUUCGCUAGAUUAUCCCCGGGGGUGAUCGAACACACUUGCAGGGGAGAUGUGUCGCAUAACCUCCGGUUACUCGAGUAGUCUACAGUACAGGUGUUUUGGGCAAGUUCUAUCAUAGCCAAAUUGCGGUAUCAUACCAUUGUCCUGGCGUGAUCGGAGGUAACACCGAGGACUUAUCAUACUUUGUAUAAUAGUUGCUUAGAUAAGCUACGAGCAGUCCCUUGUGCCACAUAGCACACCAACGCAAAUCGUACUCUUUAGGGUUAUGAUCCCGCAAUUCCAUUGCACAUCACCUCGCCGGCGCGCAAAUCAGGCCAGAAACCACCGGGGACGGCCAAACUCAAUGAUACCGGUCAAAUACAGUUCUACUUGUAACCAGUAUUACCGCUCCAUGGUCUGGGCGGUGAAAUAGGGCGAGCAAGGAUCUUCACCAGAAUUUAGUGAAUAAUAUUUUGCUUAGCAGAGGAUAGGUACAAUUCUGCGGGGGGGGGAAGGGGACUAGUUGAGGCUCAGAGGCGAACCAAGGAGAAAGAGUACCGGUACGGCUUCCACCCAUAACACCAGAUCCGGGGAA